AUGGAUAAUAUACUUCAAGUCGAGGCUAUAGUAAAGAAUAUCGUGGGGGAUCUAAAUGUUAAGGACUAUGUCAAUUUUAAAUGUAUUAGCAAGAGAGUGUAUAGUUCAUGGUUGAAUAAAGAAACAGACUACAUUUAUUUCUCAAAUAAGCUGAAACAAAUCGGCCUCGAUGAGGAGACUAUUGUAGAACCUUCAGAAAAUAAAUUAAUCGACGAUGUAUCAUACAAUGACAUAUCGGUACUUAAUUCUUUCGAAAAAAUCAAGACAUUUAACAAACAAAAUUAUUUAACAAUUUACAAAGUUCUUUAUCAAACGUUUAAUGAUUAUUGUGAGAAUCUUUAUUCAAAUAAACUUGCCAAUUUUUUCCCUGUUCAAUAUGAAAAGGAUCCAUUGCAACAGAGCCAAAUACUGCAAAAUAUUAGUCGUUUUAACGUAUCUAACAAUAACGAUUUUGAAUAUUAUACCAAAGUCGUGACAAAUUUUAAGAUUUUAAAAGAGAUAUUUAUUAAUUCAUGUUUAAAUGAAAUGGAAAUAAAUUACAAUGAAGCAGAAUACACUGCCGUUGGAAAAUUUACUAAAGUUCUCCUGACUUUUGGUGAACAAAAUAUGGUGAUAGAUUUUUUUAAUUCCAAAAUCGAAUACCCAUCUGUACCUACUCUACCCGAAUCAGAUGAAGAUACGACAUCAACAACUGACAACAAAUCGAACAUUUUUUCCGAUGAAGAAUUGGUGAAGACAUUAAAGCCUCUAAAUGAGUUUGUAAAUAAAAACAUAUCUGUGAUCGAUUUAUUAUUUGAAGAAAAUUAUUCAAUGUUUACUAAUUUUUUUGAAUCUUUUAUACAACAGUCCUUAAUUCCUUUUGUAAAUAAAAUAUUAAAGGAUGAUAGGAACGAAGAUACAUUUAUUAAUGGAUUCCCAUCAAUAUAUUCUCAUGUUAUUGAAGAAUUCUGUACAAAUCUAGAUUUUUCUAUAAACGGUAGCAUAAAUGAAGAAAAGUUAGAUAAAGAACAAAGAGAUAAAUUAUUUCAUAAAAGGGUAUAUGAUUUAUUAAAUGUUUAUUUACAACCUAACAUUCUAAAAUAUUUAGAUCAAUCGAGUAUUCAAUUUGAAAAAAAUAUUCUUAAACAAUUUACUAACUUUCAAAUCGAACAGAAAGAAAAAUCCGAAAAUGAGAUGUUAAAUUUAACUGCUGAAAAUUCAACAAUAGAUAUAAAUGAGAACCAAAAUAAGGAUGGUGACAAAUAUAAUUUCUUAGACUCAUUCACUAAAGUCUUCGGAAUUACUAGCAAGACUUCAAAAGCAGAACAAAUGAAUGAUAACUUAACGAGUUUAAUGAAUAACAGUCUACGUAACAUUAAAAAUCUCAUAAAUUUAGAGUUAUGUCUGAGUAUCGUAAGACAAACUCAAGCAAGGAUUGAUAUUUUUUUGCAAUUCAAAACUUCGAUGAACCUCUCGACAUUAAUUAAUGAAAAAUGUGAAAAUAUUUUUAGAAUAUUGAUAAAAUGUUUGAAUGAAAACCAUAUCCAACCUGCAUACGAAAAAGCAAUUUUAUUAUUACAAAGUUAUGAUAUUAACGAUUUACCUAUAAAUGUUUCAAAUGAAUCUUCUGACAGCAAGGAUGUCACACAAUCUGUUGAACCAUUAGUCAAUUUUGCUGAACUUAUUAAUACGAGUGACAUUAUUUUACAAAUGAUAUCAAUUUUCUAUAGAAAUGAAAUGGUGACAAAGAAAAUUAUAGACCCAACAGAAGAAGCCAAAAAAAAUGUAUGGCAAAGUGGAUUAUUACAAACUAAGAAAAAUUUUGAAUCCGCAGUAGACAGUUUUGUCGCAGAUGGAUUAAAUAUCGGUAUCAAUAAAUUAGUUGAUCAAAUAAACCAUACAUUUAAGACCGUACAACUUCCUACAGAUUAUUACCCGCCAGCACAUAAGAACACUGUGGAGAUUAAGCCAACUGAAUGUUGUAGAAAGACAAUCACUUUAUUAGAUAAUCAUUGUUUCUUAUUAAAUGGUGCUACAGAUAAAGGUACCAUCGAUGUAUACCAACAAGAAAUUGGUAAAAGAUUUUUCAACAUUUUAGUCGAACAUUUAAAGACUCAAAUUAUUUCUACUGAAGGUGCAAUAAUUUUAAUUUGUGAUAUGAAUCUAUAUUUUGAUUUUUUCAACCAAAAACUGAAACAAAAAUCAAUUAUUCCAUAUUUUCAGGCAUUAAAAAAUGUAAGUAAUCUAUUCUUAAUAGAUGGGAAGGAUUCUAAAGAAUUAGGUAAACUUAUUGGUGACUUAAACAAAUUCCAAGGUAUAUUUUCACAGGAGGAAAUCUAUGAAUUUGUACAAAGAAGACAAGAUUGGUUGUCUGUUAAGAGAGACGUUGAAAAAGUUAUGUAUGGUCUUGGACUCAAAGAUUGCGUAAUAAUGUAG